UUCCUGUCCUAUAGGGGGCAGUAGAGAUUCCAAACAGCACUAAAACAACUAUGCACAAGUAAAAACAACGCGUAAACCGAAAUAAACAUCAUUUCCCACAAUUCCCUGCGUUUUUUUACCCUACAGUGAGGGGAGUAAAAUGGCGGAUUAGGAUGGGAUGGGCCUGUUAUUGUGUUCUUAAUAGAAAAAAAUGUGUUGGCUUUUAAUUUUGCGCUUUAGAGGUUACUGAUACUGGUUUUAAAAGAUUUAAAGACAUCGCGGCUGUGUGGAAGCGCGUGCUGACAAAACUCUGACUGGGGAAGUCAUCAGGCACAACACUGCUCAGAUGGAGUGGAAGAAGAAGAGGAGGAGUUUACGGCUGAUAAAAGGACAAAUGAUCUGAGGCGUUACCACGGAAACGCACAGACCGUAUGACUAGCCUGAUUGGCCGGUAAUGUAAAACGGACAAAAAGUGGGCUGCUGUUUAUCCAACACUACUUUCCUUAUGUCUCAGCUGUGCUCUCAACACCGGCUCACUGAUCGUCUCUUUGAUGUGAAGCCUGCAUCAGCACUGAGAGUAAACCAGGCUUUGCUGCUGGAAGAAGGGCAGGCUUGACUGAGAGCUCCUUCUUACAUCCUUCUGGUUAGAGGAGUGUUUUAUACGGCGCUCCGUACAACUGUGGCACAGAUGCCCAGGCCAUCUCCUCUCUGCACCUCUCAGAGGGCGGCUGAGACCUCAAAAAGCCCUCUCCCUUCUUCACCCUCUACAUCUCCGUCCUCACCUUCAUCUGCUCCCUCUUCCCCCUCUUCUUGCUCAACCUCUCCUAGAAGAAUGGGAACGGGAUAUCGCGAGGACGAGGAAGGCAGCCAUGCUGGGAACAAUCGGGUCGGGAACAAAGCAGGAGGGGACGGUGUGUCAUCAACCUCAUCAUCUCUGGCUCAGUCAUUGCUCUCUGCACCUCCUUCGGCUCCUUUACAUCGUCUGUCCUCAUCACCCCGUCUUUACGACGAUGACCAGAGAGAGGGCUUGGACACGGAAAUAUAUGACCCCUUUCAACCAACAGAGGGAGAGGGUUUACCAGGCAUAGCAGCUGGAGACGAAGGAGAUAAGUACGACCCCUUUGAACCCACCGGAUCACCAGCAUCAGAGAAAGAGAUGGAUGGGGAGCAAGACGGAGAGGAAGAAAGUUCGUUCAACAGCAUACGGAUAGCAUGCGACAUAAAGGACACUAAAGAGGUGGAGCUGGAGACAGCUCCCGAGGACGAGGGUCCACCUCCGGACUCGACAGAGGCGGUAGAGCGACUGUUGGUGUCUCAGCACACGGCCACACAGGUGAACAGGAUCAAGCACAUGAGACAGCGAGCAAAAGACCGAAGAGAAGAGGAUGACUCUGAGCACUCGGAAAUAGAAGAAGGAGAGAUUGUGGGUGUCGCUGAGAGCAGAAGGGAAAGAGAGAUUGAGAUAAGAAGGGAGGUGCUGCUUCCGUCCUCGGGGAGUCCUUCAUUCUUGCAAGGGGGAGGCCUCAAACCUGAGAGGAUCUUGCGAGUCCUGGACGGUGAAGGAUUUGUAUCGGUUCGAGCAGAGGGUGAAUGGGACCACCAACCGGUGCCCCCUAUUGGCAUGGGAGACCUGAGAAGGAAACUCACCAACAGGCGAAAACAGAGAUUCAGGUCUUGCCCUUCUUCAGCAUCCAUAUCGCCGCCUCCUGCGUCUGUCCUAGCCAUACCUUCUCCCUCCCCGCCGGCGUCCCAACCCCAGACCACGGAGAAGGUAAGGAGUUGCAGAUCUUCCAAAAGCUCCAAGGAGAGGGACCGGCGCAAGCUGAAAGGCCAGGAAAAAGAGAAGCGCAAGAAGAGGAAAGAGGACAAAGGGGAGUCGGAAAGAGCGAGUGGAGAGAACAAGGAGAGGGAUCAUGAAAGGAGGAGCAGAAGAGAAGAAAAAGAGAAGGACAGGAGGAGGAGCAGCAGAAGUUAUAGCCAAACAAGGAAGAGCACGCAACACAGCACUCCCGAGCCGGCGUCACACUCCCGUAAUACCUCUCGACACGCACACAGCCGCAGGUCCUUGUCCAGCCCUUCGGAAGGCCUACACAGAGGGAGGGACCGUGACCGAGAUCGGGACAGAGACCGGGAAAGGGAUCGAUACCGAGAUAGGAGGAGAGAUAACCGGGAAAGAGAGAGAGAUAAAGACUCCAGGAUGAGAGAAGGAAGGAAGAGAGAUCGGGACGAAGGAAACAGGGGGUCAAGUAGCCGGGAGAGAGGGGAGGCAAAAAGGAGAAGAGAAAGCAGCGAUAGACGAGACAGGGAGAAAGAAAGAGGGCGGGAAAGGGAGCGAGACAGGAGAAGAGAUGGACGGCCUGUCGUACCUCCGUCUAUUCAGGACCUGAACGGCUCGGACCUUUUCGCAAUCAAACGUACCAUCACUGUUACCACUACACCCACCACUACCUUGAUCCCUACCUCUCCUUCCCACGCCCAGGAUCGAGCCCGGAGUCCUACGCAAGGCUCGGACAAAGCCCGCAAGCGCAAGAGGAAACGGAGGAGACGCUCUGAUGAGGAGGAGGAGGAGGAGGAGCGGAGGAGCAGAUCUCGUCCCACCUCUCUAAGCCCUCGCCGAUACCAUGGCUAUGAAUCAGACCGGCUCUCGGACCACCCCGAGCCUGACAUGCUAUCUUUGGAUGGAGAGGCACUGGACUCGGAUUACCCUUCACUCGAGGACUCUCCUCUGCUCCCUCCUCCCCCUGAACCUCCUCUGCCAAGCCCCAAACUUAAAUCCACAGCUCCAAAAAGUAACCGGCACCAUCAGAAGAAAUCCCGAUCUAGGAGCAAAAAACUGGGCCAGUCUGAGUCGUCCACUUCCUCAUCUUCUCACAGACCCAAAGCGAGCAAAAGUAAAAGCCUUUUGCCCUCACUGUCCUCACCUCUUUCUGCGUCAUCUGGCAACACUGCUUCCCUUCCUCUCACUGCUUCUUCAUCCUCUGCUAAAAGAGUACGGAAGACCGGGAAAGAAAAACCAAGCAAGAAAGAAUCAGGUCGCUCAGGAAGAUCCAAGAAGCUGGGAGGAAGCAGUAGGAAGGGUAAACUACAGUCUAAAGUCUCAGUGCUGGUCCGGGAGGGAGUAAGCAGCACCACGGGAAACAGUGGUAAAAUGGGUAUUGAUCUCAUUGGACCUGGUGGAACAACAGGACCCUCAGUGGUGGGCGGGUCUAUAGCUGUGGUUUUCCGUCGGGACAACGAAAGCCGAUCUCCGUUCCUGAAGCCCUGCUCAGAACCGCUUUCCCUGCCUGGUAGAGUCAAAGAUUUGAACAAGACUGGCAAGCAACGGAAUACCCUUUCAUCCCUGUCCUCAACUAACACGACAGGACUCAAGUCAAAGAAAGCCAAACCAAGCUCCACCACCUCCACGUCGUCAUCCGCUUCCUCGCCCACAUCAUCCUCAGCAGCAAAGCGCAGACGAAGGCCAGGAAAGAAGCCCCGGGAGAAGGGUCUAGCAGUUGACGGGCCCAACGCCAAAGGUGCCAACAGCAGCGCUUUGGGAUCUGGUUGGACUGGAGCUUCAGAAAUUCAGCCUUUAAGUGGAAUCGGUCCAAAACCAUCAAGUCCACCCUCCACACAUCCUGGGCCCACACCUUCAUCCUCUUCUUCCUCAUCAUCAUCAUCUUCAUCUACCAGCGUUCUUCCCCCAUCUUCCUCACCCCCACACACUCCUCCAUUGUCUUUACCCCCAUCUCGAGACACUAGAGAAUCUUCCCCAGAUUCUCAGACUGUGGACAGCAGCUGCAAGACCCCUGAACCUUCUUUCCUUUCAGAAGAGUGCCCUGUUCAGUCCCAGUCCACCCUGCUUGUGCCUGCAAAGUCACCCCCUAGCCCACCACCCUCAAGAGGAGAUGGAAUUUCACAGUCUGUCUCCAAGCUCCUCCCACUGGAUGACCAGAAGACGUCACCACCCUGCUCCACUUCAUCAGCCUUGGCUGCAGUUUCUCUUGCUCAUUCCAUUCCUCCUCUGUCUGUCGAACCUUCCUCGUCCUCCUCAGCUUCCGUGUCUUCAUCGACGGUCAGUAAGCCUCCGCCCCCUCCUCCUCCACCCUCUGCCGUGCCACCUUUGCCCUGGAGUCUGCAGACAGGCGUGGACUGCACCGCUGGAGGCGUAUUAGCAUUGACGGCGCUCCUGUUUAAGAUGGAGGAAGCCAACAUCGCCAAUCGAGCCAAAGCACAGGAGUUCAUUCAGGCCACAAGCCAGAUUCUCUCUCAGGCUAACCAGAACCAGUCGCAUUCUACAUCUUCCUCCUCCAUCUCACAAGUUCCUCCUCCUCCUCCAUCACACGCUCCGCCCCCAGGUCCAACUCCCGCCCAAUUCAUUCUCCAUGGCUCCCUCCCGUUGGUCGGCUGCACCAAAACCCCGCCUUCACACCUACACUCUGGACUUUCAUUAGGUGGUGGAUGUGCUCAGACUCCACCUCCUCCACUGCCCACGGGGCUGUCCGGGGCAGCAGGGGGCGCCAGUGACAUGGGCUGGGAUGGAGACAGUAAAGACCCUGACAAGUAUUUGAAGAAGCUGCACACCCAGGAGAGGGCAGUAGAGGAAGUGAAGUUGGCCAUCAAGCCGUACUACCAGCGCAAAGACAUCAACAAAGAAGAGUACAAGGACAUCCUGAGGAAAGCUGUGCACAAGAUCUGUCACAGCAGGACAGGAGAGAUCAACCCGGUGAAGGUGAGUAACCUGGUCAAACUCUACGUACAGAGGUACAAGUAUUUCAGGAAGCACGGACGCAAAAUGGACGACGAGGAUAAGGAAGAGCGAGACUCCGCCUCCCUGCACGGCUCCACGUGAUUGGACGUCGGGACCGCUUUGUUCUGACGGACCCUUGGCGAGAGUUUGUGAUUCUCCGCCGCUGUGCUACGUGCUGUUAAUGUAAAGUCCUGAACUCCGCCUCUACGCCAUGCCACGCCCCUUUCCUGUGUGUUUAAUCUAAAUGUGGGAUUAAAGACGAGUGCACGGUUCAGAGGGAGAUUUUUUUUUUUGUACUUGUUUAGGUUUGUCAUGAUUCAGGACACUACAUAGAUGUGCUUUCUCUUUCCCUCUGAAUCACCAACGUUAAAAUAUUCAACAGAAAUCAUUACAGACUCCUCCCAUGCGGUGAUCAGAGGCAGACGAGUGCAUGUUUGAUCCCUGAUUACUUUUUUUUUUUUUAACGCUUUUCUUUUUGAAUCGCGGUCCUUCACGUGUCCGAUGCUCUUCGUAGCACAAAGUCGUGGAGAAAACGGACUCUUCCUGCGACCGUGCUUCGACGCCGUCUCCUCGUCUCGGACUCUACAGGCGCGUUAGCAGGUUCUCAGACUUGUGGUUGUACACGUGCAUGUGUUUUAGACUUUAUUUGUACUUCAGGACGGCGAAAGCGAGGCCAUCGCUUCCACGAGCCGGGCUUCGGGACGGGAGGAUCAGUGGACGAUAAACUCGAUCAGAACAAAACAAAACAAGGAGUCGGACUCGCUGCGGUGCCCGAUGAAGCAGCGAGGAACCUUCUGUCUGAAAUAAAUAAUGUGUUAGUAUAUCUUUACUGGCAAUAUAUUAACAAAAAGUCUCAAAAGAAGAACAAAAAUAACCAAGUAAAGAAAUUGUAGAACCUGUAAAAGUCCUGAAAAAGGACGAGUUGGGAAACAGUUCCACUUUUCCUCCACCGUGUAUAAAACUGAGAGAAUGUAGUUCGUGUUAAAUCUGAGAGUUUAGUAGAGUUUUGUUUUACAGUUCAUGUUUAUUCUACACGAGCGAGAGAGAAGUGCUGAGGAGGCUGCUGGAGGAAUGUGAGGAACUCUGAAAUAAAUUAUUAAACCUUUCAUGAAAGGUGAUUGAUGAGUGAUUGUGUUACUGAUCAAGUUUGUGUUUGUUUUUUUUGUAAAAAUUGCAUGUGAAGUAAAAACUGCAGAUUAAAUCAAACACAAGUCACUUUUAACAUCCGUCCCCGCGCCCUGUCGUUCAUCAUUUAUCACUAAUUCCACAGAACUGUCGUGAACGUGCAGGAAGUAGUCAUUAUAUUUCGAUGAAAACUUCCACUACAAUAAUAAACAGCCCCUGAGGGGGUUGUUUUUUUUACUUGGAACCUUUUCUAUAAGGUGUGCCCAUUUGUUUGUCAUUCAUUUAUUUGUUCUUUCAUUCAGUUUGUACGUUGUUAGUUGUGCUCCAGCUCUCUGAAGGGGAUCUGUGUGAAAGAAAGAUCCUGUGUUAUCAGUUAUAAUUAAUUAUUAUAAGUAAUAAAGAUUCCUAGAUGAAAUGGUUAAACACUCAUAAUGAAACAUGUAGAACAAUAACGAGGAAUAACAAAAACAACUGGGAGAUCAGAGCGUAUUUAUUACUCAUGUUAAACGCGGUGAUAAACGCUGCACUGUUUUAAUCACGUUGUUGUUGUUUAAAUGAUAUUUUAAAUUCACUUGUUUUAAUCAGCAUUGGUUUUUCUUUUUUUAAUCUCAUGCAGUUUGAUCGAUUCAUUUCAAAGUGUUUGUAAUGAUGCAGUUGGUUGUUUUACUCCUCCAGCUGUAGCGCUGAUGAUGUUCGAGCGUCUGUGUGUCUCUCUAAUACUUCAUCACUGGGUCUUAAAGCAGCAGUAAGGAUUUUCUGUGGAAACGAGGUUCCUCUUCCUGGUCCUGGAGAAAUCCUGCAACAAAGCGACCAGAGAACGUUCAUUUUCAACGAGAGCUGGCGACAUGAGCGACGGCGACCGUUGGUCUAGACGUAGAUUAGAUGCGGGCGUGUCCAGCGACGUGAGAAAGAUGAGAAAAGUUUAACUGUAUGCAAAUCUGGAGCGACUCGGUGCGGCGACUACCAGCGGGAGUGCAGACAGAAGAGAGGACGUGAUCCGUAGCCACUCGUGAUCGCUAGCAGAAGCAGUGCCAUUGCGGCGGUAGUUAAUUAGCUUAGCUUAGUUUAGGAUAUUAGCAAAAAAUAAUAAUGAUAAAAGACAUAAUAAGUGGGGCAGUGGAGGCGUGGUGGUUAAGGCUCUGGGUUACUGAUAGGAAGGUCGGGGGUUCAAGCCCCAGCACUGCCAAGCUGCCACUGUUGGGUCCUUGAGCAAGGCCCUUAACCCUCUCUGCUCCAGGGGGCGCUCUAUCAUGGCUGACCCUGCACUCUGACCCCAGCUUCCUAACAUGCUGGGGUAUGUGAAGAAAACAAUUUCACUGUGCAUGUGUAUGUGUGACCAAUAAAGACUCAUUAUAAUGAAACACACUCACUUUUUGUUGCAAUCGAGCAAAAUCCCAGUGUAGCUCCUGUCUUCCCAGGAAACACAGAGGCCACGCCCGAAGAGCUGCGGUCCGGCUCCCGGUCACCAUCGAACACAGUGAACAACGCUCACUUACUGAGACAGGAGCGACGCCGGGAUUUUACUCAAUUGCAGCAAAAAAAUGAGUGUGUUUCAGUAUUAUUAUUUUCAUUUUAAACGCGCUAAGGCCCUAAGCUAAGCUAAUUGGC